AUGCGCAGCAAGCGCCUCCCGGCGAAGCUGCCGGCGGCGCUGUGCCCCCGGUGCAGCAGGGCCGCGUCGCGCGGCGCGCUGCAGCUGGUGCAGCUCAUGACGGCCGACCUGGCGGUGGAGCCAACGCGGAGGCUGCGCGACCUCCUGGCCCAGCAGGCGGCGGCGGAGGCGCGGGCGGACGGCCGCCUCAUCGUGAUCGCUGCGGUGGUGCCCUGGAUCGAUCGAGCGUCCGACCCGUUCUCCGAUCGGGUGACCGCGCCGGGGCCCCCGGCGCGCGUGGCCGCCGUGGCGGCGGACUGGACUGCGCACAGUUUCGAGAGGGCUGGUCUCAUGCGCUCUGGCGAAAUGUUCCUGGCAGUGGUGGCCGUGGAGCCGCGCCUUAAGUACAAGAGGAAACCAGUCUGGAGCAGACAAUGGGUGCUGGCAGUCAAGGUCGACGGGACCUCUUGCUCGAUGAUAGUGGCUGGCGAGUCCAUUCUCAGCGUCGGCGUCGAGAACGACAGGUUGAAGGUGGAAGUGAGUUGCCAAGGUUCGUUUCACAAUGUGACCAUUGUGAAGGCGAUGGCGCGGAACGCGCUCGCGAAGGACCGCAUGAAUAGAAACGGCCUUUGCGGCGAAACAGUCGCUAACGCUGUCACGACUGAAGAGAGGACGCCAGCCGCCGACGAUUGGGUAGACGUAGACUGGGCAGGGCUUGUCGACGGCUUCCAAGGUUACAUGAUGUUGCCGCUGCCCUUCGUCUUGGUCAUGCCUGUUGUGGCGCACGACUCCGAACCAGUCCUGCUAGUGCGGAACGGCCAAUUCAGACAGCUUGUGCGCGCCGGCAACAAUCCGCUCAUGGCCAGGGCCGCCAGCGACCAGAGGCAUCGGUUUAAAGCGGUGGAGCGUGCUCUCCGCACCGAGGGCGCUCGUGGCGAGGUGUUUCCCCGUGUCGGGCGCCUGGGACGCCGCGCGCGAGCACGACGGGCUGGCCCCGGUGAGCGCUCGCAGCGGCGAGGAGGAGGAGUCCCAGCUGGUCGAACCUGCCGACUACUCUGUGGUCCCAGCCGAUGCGAGCCAGUGGCGCCACGCGCUGCGGGCGCGGGCGGGGAUGCUCGCGUGCUUGGCGCCCCUCGCGCGGGGCCAGCACCACCACGCCGGCUCCGUGGCGAAGCUGGUCCGCUUCCUGGGCGCGGUCUCGCACAUGGCGCGGGCGAUGGCGCCCGCGGGCGCGGAGGGGCCGCGGCCUCGCGCCGACAUGCUCUGCCCCCCCUCCCCCCGCGGGGAUUCAGCGGCGGGCACCCCCAGGCUGCGCUCCGGGGCGCCCGCGCGCUGGUCCUGGCCGUGCGCCGCGAGUGGCUCACAGGAUGGCUGCCCUGCGCGCGCCACGACCGGGCCCAGCAUUUCGCGGUGGAGGAGCCGUGCAGUCCACGCUCCGGAGACGACGUCGGCCACCCGAGGCGCGGAGGCCAUGGAAUGUUCAUGAAGCUCCUGUUCUGGUCGACGAUCCUCUACACUGCAAGCGCGGUGAUGCUCACGGCCAGUGGAGGAGGAGCUAGACUUCAAGUACUGGAAUACGCCUUGCAACAUCGCUCGCCACAAACGCUGGUCGGCAACGUCGAGGAGCCAUCCAUUUCCGCCGCCCGAAAGCGCGUCGCCUGGGCGGACACCUACGACACGGACUUCCUUGCGAAGGCUCCCGCUGCCGCCGCUGACACCAUCGGCAAGAACAUGCCUGCGGCCAACAGCUUCGAGCCCAUCGUCGACCCCAUAGAGUUGGGUACCGGUUCCAGGUUGUCUGGGUCCUCCUGCCAUUGUGUCUCUAACCCAGCGCUCCCCAGCGAGGCGACCUUCGAUAGUUUCCUCCACACAUUCGGGAAGCGGACCCUCUCUAAGCUGGACGAAAAGUUUCUCGCGGGUUUCGAACUUCUGUCGGCCUCCAACGCCAAGCAUCUGCCCACCCCGUUCGCUACCUCGGUCAAGCCCGUCAUGGACUCCCUCCAGAGUCAGGUCGCCAAAGAGAUCAUCGACAUCCGCUCCGGGCUCGGCGCCGCGUACGACUCGCACAUCCUGACCCUCGGCAUCCGCGAGAUUGCAGAUGAAAAGCUCCUGGACACAGUCGACCAGAUUCUGAAGCUCAUCGAAGUGGACACCAAAGAGAUGCAGCAGCAUAUCGACUCCAUCGAGCAGCACGUCCAGUUCUUACAAGGCCACGAGCAGUACCCUGACAACCGCGAUGGCUCUCCCAAUGUCGACAACUACUUCGACACCUUGCUGACGCACGUCAAGCGCGAUGACUGUCGCAACGGCGUCACGAAGAUCCUGAACUCGCUGCCCGAGCCGCAUUCUGGUGGCUGGCACUCUAGCGACUGCCAGCCGCCUGCAUCGGGUAUCCAAGGCACUGCCGUCGCCGACUCGCCCAAGCCGCUGACGCAGUCCGAGACGACCGCGCUGCCCAUGCCGUUCAAGACCCUCACCACGCCGCUUCCGACCGCGUCCGCCGAGCUGAACUUCGACGAGGCCGCCGAUGCGGAGGCGACACAGUCCGAGACCGACGAGCUGCUCACCCCGAGCGGGACCUACGAGCUGCAGCAGCAGAUCGCGUACGAGCUGGAACUCGACGAGAUCGAGUUCAACUCAGAGCUCGAGCGCGUCGAGCCGAAGAAUGUAUGUUACGACGCCUCUGGCUUUUUGGACAUCUACUUCGGCAGCCUUCUCGCGCACAUCCAGAAAGUCGACUGCUGCGACGACUGCACGAAGGUUCUGGACUCCAUCGACCUGCGCAUGCCGCAGCCUGGGCUGAAGCAACAGACCGCUUACGAGCUGGCGCCCGACGAGCUGGAACCCGACGGGUUGCAGCAGCCGCCUGCGUACGACGAGCUGGACGAGUUUGACGAGCGCGCUCUGCAGUCUGAGUUCGGCCAGCUGUUCUCACCGAGCGAGAUCGACGAGUUCAACCGGCAUUUCGAGAGUGACGAGUUCCUGCGAGGGAGCACCUGCCACGUCGACGACGGCGGGUCGCUGCUGCAGGCGGCGGCGGACCUGGGCUCCACCGCGCCGGAGGCCCGCGAGCUCGCUGGCGCCAGCGAGGCCGCUCCCGCGCCAGCCGCUGGCAGGGGGGGCACCUUGUGCUCGCUGGCGCCGAAGGGCGAGCUGGCGCCUGAAGUGGCGGCGUUCCUGCGUGUGACUGCCAACAGCACGCAGCUCGAGCGGCUGCUGUCCCAGGAGUGGGUCCAGGCCUGCGCCAGUGGCGCCACCGACGCGGGCCUUGUCAGCCAGCUGCGGGAGGUGGUGCACGCCUUCGCCGUCGCGCCGUCCGCAGCCCCGAUGAAGACCCAGUCGGACAAGGCUGUGCAGAACCUUUCCCGGGAGGAUCCCGAAGCCGACUGCAGUGUGCUGAGGUCUCAGCUCAGGGACUGGGGGGUGAGCUUCCCUGAGCGGGUGCUGGACUAUGGCUGCGGCUUUGGCGACUCGCUGGCGGCUAUGGGAAGUGCGGCGUCGGCAGGAACAACGUGGGCAUCGACGUGCAGGACGUGCGCGCGGACAAGAACAAGGAGUUCUUCCAGUUCGUGCAGCUGGACAAGCCCUACCCCCGCUCCCUCAAGAGCAAGAUAUCUACAGGGCGCCUGA